UCCCCGCCAUCGCCCUCUCCACUUUGUCCGCCGACCGCCAUGUCCUUCGCUCGUCCUCGCCUCCCCCUCGGCCUCUCCCCUCGUAUCGCCCUCGCCAGGCCGUCGUCAACACCGUCUUCACUCAUUGCUUACCGUCUUCUCUCCACAUCGCGUCGGCUGCAGCAGGCUGAGCCUCUUGAUACUCUCGGUGGAAGUGAAAAAGCCCCAGACCACAAAGCUGGGCAUAUCAAAUCGCCACCACUCAAGACUUACUCUGCCGUUGACCAGCCAGAACUACGGCUGGACCCAUACAAAGAUGGUCCAAGUGCCCUAGAGAAAGCGGCGCACAUGUUCUUCUUCACGGAGAUCCUCCGAGGAAUGUGGAUCGUCCUUGAGCAGUUCUUCCGACCACCAUAUACCAUCAUGUACCCGUACGAGAAGGGUCCUCUUUCGCCUCGGUUCCGUGGGGAGCAUGCCCUGAGGAGGUAUCCCAGUGGAGAGGAGCGCUGCAUUGCUUGUAAAUUGUGCGAGGCAAUUUGCCCCGCGCAAGCCAUCACCAUCGAGAGCGAGGCUCGUCUUGACGGUUCAAGACGAACAACCAAAUACGAUAUCGACAUGACGAAGUGUAUCUACUGUGGUUUCUGUCAGGAGGCUUGCCCAGUGGAUGCCAUUGUCGAGACGCAAAACCAAGAAUACUCUACCGAGACGCGUGAAGAGCUGCUAUACAACAAGGAGAAGUUGCUCGCGAAUGGUGACAGGGCAGAGGCCGAGAUCGCGGCCAACUUGCACUCUGACCACGUCUACCGAUGAUUUGUCGUUCGGCUACUGGAGGUUGGAGGUGGAUGAGACGAGACGGUCGUGCGCAUAUGGAUCCUCUGAUAUCGUGUUUCUUAUACGCGAAUAUUACAUGGCAUAUAUAUUUUCUCUUUUGAAGUCUUA